AUGGAUACUUUAGGGAAUCUCCUGAGAUCCCCUCGGAGCUCUAAAGCAUGCUCGACCUGCUCUGUUUCUCCGUUAGCCCCGUCAGCAGGCCCCUCUUCAGCGCCCCUCCCCCCCCUCUCCUCUCUCCCCCCGCCUUCAGCAGUCCCUCACACCUUUCGCACACAGCCUCUCAUACGUCGCCUCUCAUGCAUCGCAUUUCCUUCAACUCCCCUUCCUCCUCCUCCCAUUCCUUCACACGCCCUUCCAUCUCCCCCACUUCCAUCUCCCCCACUUCCAUCUCCCCCACUUCCAUCUCCCCCCCUUCCAUGUCCCCCACUUCCAUCUCCCCCACUUCCAUCUCCCCCACUUCCAUCUCCCCUCCUUCCAUCUCCCCCACUUCCAUCUCCCCUCCUUCCAUCUCCCCUCCUUCCAUCUCCCACCCUUCCAUCCCUCUCCUUCCAUCUACCCUCCUUCCAUCAACCCCCCUUCCAUCUACCCCCUUCGACCACCCCCACUUCCAUCUCCCUCCUUCUAUCUCCCCCACUUCCAUCUCCCCCACUUCCAUCUCCCCCACUUCCAUCUCCCCCACUUCCAUCUCCCCCCCUUCCAUCUCCCCCCUUCUAUCUCCCCCCCUUCCAUCUCCCCCCUUCCAUCUCCCCCCCUUCCAUCUCCCCCCCUUCCAUCUCCCCCCCUUCCAUCUCCCCCCCUUCCAUCUCCCCCCCUUCCAUCUCCCCCCCUUCCAUCUCCCCCCCUUCCAUCUCCCCCCCUUCCAUCUCCCCCCCUUCCAUCUCCCCCCCUUCCAUCUCCCCCACUUCCAUCUCCCCCCCUUCCAUCUCCCCCCUUCCAUCCCCCCCCCUUCCAUCCCCCCCCCUUCCAUCUCCCCCCCUUCCAUCUCCCCCACUUCCAUCUCCCCCACUUCCAUCUCCCCCACUUCCAUCUCCCCUCCUUCCAUCUCCCCCACUUCCAUCUCCCCUCCUUCCAUCUCCCCUCCUUCCAUCUCCCACCCUUCCAUCCCUCUCCUUCCAUCUACCCUCCUUCCAUCAACCCCCCUUCCAUCUACCCCCUUCGACCACCCCCACUUCCAUCUCCCUCCUUCUAUCUCCCCCACUUCCAUCUCCCCCACUUCCAUCUCCCCCACUUCCAUCUCCCCCACUUCCAUCUCCCCCCCUUCCAUCUCCCCCCUUCUAUCUCCCCCCCUUCCAUCUCCCCCCUUCCAUCUCCCCCCCUUCCAUCUCCCCCCUUUCCAUCUCCCCCCCUUCCAUCUCCCCCCCUUCCAUCUCCCCCCCUUCCAUCUCCCCCCCUUCCAUCUCCCCCCCUUCCAUCUCCCCCCCCUUCCAUCUCCCCCCCUUCCAUCUCCCCCUCUUCCAUCUCCCCCCCUUCCAUCUCCCCCACUUCCAUCUCCCCCCCUUCCAUUUCCCCCACUUCCAUCUCCCCCACUUCCAUCUCCCCCACUUCCAUCUUCCCCCCUUCCAUCUUCCCCCCUUCCAUCUCCCCCCCUUCCAUCUCCCCCCCUUCCAUCUCCCCCUCUUCCAUUCCCCCACUUCCAUCUCCCCCACUUCCAUCUCCCCCCAUUCCAUCUCCCCCUCUUCCAUCUCCCCCCUUUCCAUCUCCCUCCCUUCCAUCUCCCCCUCUUCCAUCUCCCCCCUUUCCAUCUCCCCCCCUUCCAUCUCCCCCUCUUCCAUCUCCCUCCCUUCCAUCUCCCCCUCUUCCAUCUCCCUCCCUUCCAUCUCCCUCCCUUCCAUCUCCCCCUCUUCCCAGACCCCCGCUUCCUUCAACUCCACUUCCUUCACCACCCCCGUUCACCGGUCUCCUGAGUGGAUCUCACAGGCGAGUUCAAGCUUGUCAAAUUGCCCGCCAGCCCCAUCAGCAGGUCUCCCUUCACUGCCUCGCCCCCUUUCUGACCUCCCUAUGCUGGCCGCCGCCUCCACUGCUGCCACCAACGCCUCUCACCAACCUCGCGCCAAGCUGGUCAAAAUUCUCGUGUCUCAAGGCUGGCUGAACGGAAACUAG